AUGGACGGGCGGCGGGACCGGCAGAGCGACGAGCCCGCCGCGGGGUUUCCCAUGGAGUCGGGGGAUUCCCUGCUGCAGAGGGCGGUGGCGGUGCUGCACGGCUCCUACCUGGACCCCGCUGCCCGGGGGGGGUUCCGGUACAGCCGAGCCAUCCUGGUGGAAAACGAGGCUUUCCGGAGCGAGCUGGGAGCUUUUGCCCGAGCCAAGGAAGCCGCCGGGUACAGCCGGGAGGAGCUGCAGGACACCUUCGGCUUCCUCCUGUUUGACAAGGAAGAAGAGGCAAGGGCGGUGUGUCAGAGCGGCCUCCGUGUCAACAGCAGCUCCAUUUCCACGCUGGGAGACCCGGCCAAAGGGGUUUAUAUUUCCGAGCAUGCAGACUGUCUCCAUCCCAGACCCUGGCACCACGGAGAAUCGGGAUAUAUUGUCAUUUGCAAGCUAAUUAAGGGCAGGGUGCGGGUGAUCCCCGAGGAUUACACCACCACCUACACCUGCCCCUCGCCCGGCUACGACUGCCACGUCGCCGAGAGCCGCGACCCGGCUGUGACCCCGCCCGGCCCCGGCCAGGCCUUCGAGCAGAGCCAGUGCUACGUGUACGAGGUGUGCGCUGGCAGCCCGGCCCCGCGGCCCAGGCAGGUCUGUCCCUACAUCAUGCUCUGCUGCCAGUACAGGGAUCCCAAGGACGUGACCAUGGAAGACCUAUCUGUACUGCCCAUGGAAGGGACAACUCGCCAUCCAGGGGAAACCGUUUUGCAGCAUCACCCUGAGGACCCCCCACAGCUGCUCCAUCCCAGUCCAGCUGCCUGCCAGGCUGGACAUCAGCCACGUCAUGGCUCUGGCUGAGCUGAGG